ACACAGUAUUUCCUCUCUCCUUGGUGUGUACAAACAGCAAACGCUUUUCGCCCCAGUGGAGACUAAGACACGAGCAGAGUUAAAUGCAUGUUUUCCACUUUAUUUUAUGCACUUGAGACGAGCGCGGCCUAGCUCUUAGAGUAAGCCUCGGGCUUUCCUCAGUUGCUGUCACCGGCGGGCUGAGGCCGCGCUCAGCGAGACCCGCUCGAGUGCUGGAAAUGUUUGGAAGCUAACGACUCAAAGUGAAUGGAGAGGGGGUGUGUUUGUGCAUCUUGAUGAAACAGCCAUUCGUUGGAUUCUUCCACACUUUGAGCAGCGUUACGAUGGGGUUACCUGCAGCUCAGUGCAGGACUAAACCGGUCAGAAUCCUGCCUUUUGUUGUCCGUGACAUACUGUGACAAAUACACGUUUUGACAAAGUAGGAGCCAUGGCUUUUGAGGAGAUCAAGAAUAAAGGAGGAAUUGAUGUGGGGAUGGAAGGAGACCGAGGCCUUGUAGCCGGGCGUAGCCAGAGAGAGAAGAGGAGGUCCUACAAGGAUCUCUUAAGGGAGGAAGAGGAGAUCGCUGCUCAGGUCCGAAAGUCUUCCAAAAAACGACCCAAGGAUUCGGAGCUGUUCGCACUUGGAGGGGAUUCACACAAAAAGAAGAAGAAACAUAGUGAUGACUACUAUUACAGAGACCACGAUGGUUCAGGUCCACCUUCCCACAAGAAAAAGCACAAGUCGGUCGAUCGCUCCCCUACCAUCUCUUCCCCCUCGUCCUCCCUCCCUACAGACACAGCCAUGGGCCUGCUGCAGGCCAUCACCUCUCCGCUGGCAACUGGUUCAGAACCUAGCCCCCACUUACAUAAGAAACCCUCCUACCCGCCCUUCUCCUCGCACUCUUCCAAGGACCGCAAGCGUGAGAGCGGCGGCGGAAGCAAAGGGAGCCACUCCUUCUCCCACUCCCGCCCCGCAGCCUCAUCCUCAUCCUCCAAGAAGCACUCCUCGUCUUCCUCCAAGUCGUCACUAUUCCACGGCGGAGCGCCCAAAGAGGAGCCGUUGACGUUACGCGAGGCCGACGGUCUGAAGAUGAAGCUCAUCAUGUCGCCAGAGAAAGAGGAAGCAGAGAGCUCCCCAUUCACGUCCCAGCCGUCCAAAGGAGGUGGAAAGAAGGAGAGGGAUAGAGACCGGAUGCAGCACUCAAAGGCGCCCAAGAAAAAAGUGCAGCUGAGUCGAGAUCCACUGCCUGUCAUCGGGAAAGAGGUGGAGGUGGAAGGUCAUUACGGAGGGGGCAUGGGAGAUGACAGCUCGUCAUCUGGGGGGGAGCUGGAGGCAGGGGAACUGGUGAUAGAUGAUUCCUACACACACAUGUCAAAAAAGAAGAAGAAGAGCAAAAAAAGCAAGAAGAAGAAGGACAGAGAAAAGGACAGAGACAAGGAAAAAAGUGGGAAGGACAAAAAACACAGCAAAGGAUUUGGAGACUCAUCGAGGGGACAUAGCCACUCCCACCCCACCGUCACACACAGCGCCGUCGGCCCGAUGUACGCCAUGGGCACGCCCGUCCCCCCACACCACCACCAAGGCAACGAUGGAGUGACAGAGAAGAAGAAGAAGAAGGAGGAGAAAGAUCGGGAAAAGCACGAGAAGGAAAAAGAUAAGCCCAAGAAGAAGAACACAACAGCGUAUCAGGUGUUCUGUAAGGAGUACAGGGUCAACAUCAAUGCCGAACAGCCAGGGCUCGUCUUUGGGGAGCUCAGCAAACGGCUGGCUGAGGUGUGGAAGGCGAUGCCAGAGAAAGACAAACUGGUCUGGAGGCAAAAAGCUCAGUAUCUGCAGCAUAAACAGAACAAAGCCGAGGCCACCACCGUCAGACACAAGAGUGCAGGCGAGGGCAAGAGCAAAGCUGUAGGAGCGGCAACAGGGAUGGUGUCACCAAACCGAGCGUCGGGCGCGUUGUCCCUGUCCCCGGCACGAGUCCCAGAUGUUGAUCCCAUCGAUGCGGCGGCUCACCUGCAGCUUCUGGGAGAGUCCCUGUCCCUGAUUGGCCAUCGGCUACAGGAAACGGAGGGGAUGGUGGCAGUGUCUGGGAGUCUGUCCGUUCUUCUGGACUCCAUCUUGUGUGCGCUGGGACCUCUGACCUGUCUCAGCGCGCAGAUACCACAGCUCAACGGAUGUCCUCGGAAUGUCCUGUCGAAUACGUUGGAUAAUAUCGCCUACAUCAUGCCGGGGCUGUGAGGAGAAGAUGAUAAUCAAAGUUGAGCGACGUGACCGCAGGACUUUAAUUUAAGCCACUUGCUCGGCAUCUGAGGACUUGGAUAUUUCUAGCUUCAACGUUUUUUAAAGUGUAUUUUUUUAAAAACCUUGUUCUUAUUUUUUUCUAUUUUUUAUAUUUUUUAAAUGAAACAUUUUACUGAACACAAUGUCUUGGCUUGCCAGCUUAGUUGUAUUGUUAAUGUACAGUGUGUUGUAAAAAUGAGUAGUGUGAAUGUAGUGAGUGUAUGCGUGCACUUGUUUAGUGUGUUUGACUUUUCUGUCUAGAUACUAGAUUUUUUUUUUAACUGAAAAGUACAGGAACAUGUAAGUAAUUUGGUCACGAUCAACAUAAUAUAUUUGACAGCCCCUGUGUUUUACCUUUACCAUGUAAACAAUGCUGUCAUGCCUUGCCAUUUUAUACAUUAGAUAUUUUUCUGUGCAUCCUUCAUUUAGAUUUGGACUGCUCUGUAGAAAAGACUCUUGGUGCAACUUGUUGAGGUAUCAGGGCUUUUUACUUUGUUUUAAAUCAUAAACUGAUAAAAUCACUGUCACAUAGCAACAUUAAAACAGUUUCUAAAGUCAA